AUGGCGGGAAGAUUCGACCGUGCGGGUGAGGUAAAAGCAUUCGACGAGAUGAAAAUCGGCGUGAAGGGUCUAGUCGACAACGGAAUCACAAAAAUCCCACGCAUAUUCCAUAACCCGCAAGCCACGGUAACUAACCCUAAACCUCCUUCUACCUUGACUAUCCCAACGAUAGAUCUCGGAGGUGGCGUGUUCGAGUCCACGGUCACAAGAAAGGAAGUGACUGAGAAGGUGAAAGGCGCCAUGGAGAAGUUUGGUUUCUUCCAGGCGAUAAAUCAUGGGAUUCCACUCGAGGUCUUGGAGAAGAUGAAAGAUGGGAUCCGUGCGUUUCACGCGCAAGAUCCAGAAGCGAGGAAAAGGUUCUAUAGCCGUGAAAAAACCAAGGCGAUUAAGUAUAACUCUAACUCUGAUCUCUAUGACGCUCCUGCUGCGAGCUGGAGAGAUGCCUUAAGUUGUUUUAUGUUCCCUGAUGUUCUCAAAACCGAUGACUUACCAGACAUUUGUAGGGAGAUAAUGUUGGAUUACUCAAAGAGAGUAAAGAUGUUUGGGGAGUUAAUCUUUGAGCUCAUAUCAGAAUCGUUAGGGCUGAAUCCUAACCACCUCAAAGAAAUGGAUUGUGCAAAAGGUUUGUUGAUGCUUUGUCAUUGCUACCCGCCGUGUCCUGAGCCAGACCGAACACUCGGCGCUACUCAGCAUACAGACAGAUCUUUCAUCACUAUACUUCUUCAAGACCAUAUUGGAGGACUUCAAGUUCUCCAUGAUGGAUACUGGAUCGAUGUUCCUCCUAAUCCUAAUGCUCUUAUCCUUAAUGUUGGAGAUCUCCUACAGCUUAUAACGAACGACAAGUUUGUGAGUGUGGAGCAUAGAGUUUUGGCAAAUGGAGGUAAAGAGCCACGCACUUCGGUUGCAUCUUUCUUUGUGCAUCCUCCUUCAACAAGUCCGAGAGUUUAUGGACCCAUUAAAGAGCUUUUGUCAGAAGAAAACCCUCCCAAGUACAGGGAAACCACUUCGAAAGCCUCCAACCACUAUGUGGCUAGAACGUGAUGGGAACAAUUCGUUGAGCCAUUUAAGGAUCUGAACAAAAUGGCUGAACCUGAUCUGAAUCUAUAUUGUUGUCUCCUUUGUGUUUCCAAUAAUAUUUUAGUACACACACAUAC